CCCGCCUCCCAGGGCUCCCGAAGCAGGACAGCCACCAUGCACAUCCCUGAAAGCCUCCAGGACCUGGCUGACAGCGAAGCUGUGCGGUUUCUGAAGAGGCCCAAGACGGUUGGGAGGAUCUUCGCAGGGGUCUUCUCCCUCAUCGUCUUCUCCUCCCUGCUGACCGACGGCUACCAGAACAAGACGGACUCCUCGCAGCUCCAGUGCAUCCUCAACAGCAACCAUGUGGCCUGCAGCUUCGCCGUGGGCGCUGGCCUCCUGUCCUUCCUCAGCUGCCUGGCCUUCCUGGCCCUGGACGCCCAUGAGAACCGCAUCGCCAGCACCCGCUUCAAGACGGCCUUCCAGCUCCUGGACUUCAUCCUGGCUGUCGUCUGGGUAGGCACCUGGUUCCUGGGGUUCUGCUUCCUGGCCAACCAGUGGCAGCACUCGCCACCCAAACAGUUCCUCCUGGGGAGCAGCAGCGCCAAGACCGCCAUCACCUUCGCCUUCUUCUCCAUCCUCAUCUGGAUAUUCCAGGCCCACCUGGCCCUCCAGGACCUCCGCAACGACGCGCCGGUCCCCUACAAGCGCUCCCUGGAUGAGGGUGGCCUCGUGCUGACCACCCUCUCCCCACCCUCUGCCUCCAGCCCCAUCAACAUGCCUACUGCUGGCUCCAACAGCAUGAGUUAUGCCAGCUCUGCCCUGUCCCCCUAUCUGACCACCCCGAAGGUGCCCCGCCUCGCCAUGAUGCCCGACAACUAG